GAAUAACUGCCAUUCACUAACUUCAUCUCUCUUCCACAUGAUAAAAUGUGACUAACGCGCUAACCCGUAAUGGCAACAACCCCACUGUCCCAAAACAGCCUAGCCCUGCCGCCAAAAAAGUUCACUCCAGAAAUCUUCUCUUCGAUAUUUUCGAUAUCAAUCUUCCAUAAACCAACCCACCAUUGACUUGAAUCUUGCAAACCGGCAGUGAUCCCUUGUCGUGAGCCAUUAUGUCUGGAGAAACUUCCGCCGCCUGGCCCAUCGCCGAUGAGGCUCUAACCCAGCAAAUCCUCGAUCUCGUCCAGCAAGCAUCGCAUUAUCGGCAGCUCAAGAAGGGCGCUAAUGAAGCAACCAAGACGCUCAACCGCGGUACCUCAGAGCUCAUUAUCCUCGCUGCGGACACCACUCCUCUCGCCAUCUUGUUGCAUCUUCCUCUUCUUUGCGAAGAUAAGAACGUGGCAUACAUAUACGUUCCUAGCAAGCUCGCCCUUGGCAGAGCCACUGGCGUCUCCCGCCCUGUGAUCGCUGCUAGCAUCACCACCAACGAAGCAAGCGACUUGACCGGACAGAUUCGCGCGGUGAAGGAGAAGGUCGAGAGAUUGAUGAUUUAGGGGGGAUAAACAUGUGGGAUAAAGAGGAUUAUCAUGAAUAUCAUGUUUUGUUAUUCUACCCUUGAUUUGUCAGGUUGAGGACGCGGCGUGAAUCUUUAUGGUUUAGGAUUUUUAGAUCCUUAUUGAAUGGAUUCGAUUUCCCAGA